CUGCGCCGCGCCCUGCGUAGGGCCGGCGGGAGGCCGGGGCCGCAGCGCCGCCCGCCGCCGGCGCGGCACGUGUCGGGCGGAGCGCGGUGGCGGGGCCGGGGCGCGGCGGCGGGCGGCUCUGCUUCUCCGGCGGUGCGAGGUUAUGCCACUCUCCAGGUUUGCUGGGUGCCUGCCGGUGAAAGAGAAGGGUUGAUAUUUUGCCCAGGCCCUUAGGUCCUGAAACAAAAUGGCAGCUGGAGAGUCCCCUCCCGUAGGAGGUGUCUUCAUCGACCUGCAGCAGGGCAGAGAUCGCGCAGAGAAAGCCUCUCCUGGUGCCGAGGACGAUGAGGACUUGGAUAAGACUUUGUCAAUCGAGAGAUUUGGGGACCUGAUAAGCAAGUCAGCAUCAAGCAAUCUGGAGAAGCAAAGACGCAGCUACAGUGAGAAAGAUUUUGAAUUCCACCGCCAAGCCUCGCACCACAUCCACCAUCCCCUUUCCACUCACCUCCCUUCUGCCCUCAAGUUCCAAAAGAGGCCCCCCCGUGCCAGCAGGAGGAAAAAAAGAAGGAGGAAAAAGAAGAAAACCUCAGUACCACCCUCAGAGGUGACCCCCACCAUCCAGGAAGAAGACGAGGAGGGAGAAGAAGAGGAAGAAGAAGAAGAGGAAGAAGGAGAGUCUGAGGCAGAAGAGACCCAGGAGAAAGAGAUCUCUGCAGACUCUGAGGGUGAAGCUUGUGGGAAGGACACGUCCCCUAAGCUGGAGCCCCCAAGCAAACCAAAGUUCACCAUCGGCAGCGAUGAGGAGGAGUCUGGCAGCGCUCUGGCCCCUGCGCAGUUCCACGUGGAGGAGGAGUGUGGCAUCCUGUCCCCUGUGCCACGCUUCGCUGACCUGCUGCAGGACAAGGGCCCUGCCUCUCUCCGCAGCCCCCCUGGGCCUCGAGAGUGUUUGUCUCGCGGGUGGGAGAAACGCAAGCCCUGGGGCCAGGUGACAAGUGGACAGCGAGUUACCUAUGACUUGAAGGAGAGGAUGUGCAUUGGCAGCAUGACCACGCUGGAGAGUGCAGCGUACCAGCGCGUCCCCACGGAUGAGGCCGAGGCCCAGAUGCUGGCGUCUGCUGACUUGGAUGGCAUGAAAAGCCACCGUUUUGAAGAUAACCCUGGUGUGAGGAGGCAUCUGAUGAAAAAACCAUCUCGUAGUCAGAUCACCAGGACAAGCAAAAAAUUAGCAUCAACUCCAUCUGUCAAAAAAAAGAAGAAGAAGAAGAAGCUGGAUAGAAAGCCCCAUGAGGUGUUUGUGGAGCUGAACGAGCUGGUGGUGGAUAAGAACCAGGAGAUGCACUGGAGGGAAACAGCUCGCUGGAUCAAAUUUGAGGAGGAUGUGGAGGAGGACACAGCAAGAUGGGGGAAACCCCAUGUGGCUUCACUGUCCUUCCGCAGCCUUUUGGAGCUCAGGAAGACGAUUGCCCAUGGUGCUGUCCUCCUUGACCUGGAGCAGACCACGCUCCCUGGCAUCGCUCACCUCAUGGUGGAGACCAUGAUCAUCUCUGACCAGAUCAGGGCAGAAGACCGAGCCAAUGUGCUGCGUGCCCUGCUGUUGAAGCACAGCCACCCCAACGAUGAGAAAGAAGGCUUCUUCCCAAGGAACCACUCCAGCUCCAGCAUGAACUCCAUCGUGGGGAACCAUCACCACAACCACACCACCGACACCUGUGUGCCCCUCAUGGGGGAAGAGCGCAUUGAGAUGGCUGACCCCAAGGCCAGUGAGACCGAGUGCAAGGAGCAGAAAAACCUCCAUCUCCAUAACUCUGAGGGCCACCGUAAAUACCUGAAGCUGAUGGAGAAGAUCCCUGAAGAUGCAGAGGCCACAGUCGUCCUCGUGGGUUGUGUGCAGUUCCUGGAGCAGCCAACUAUGGCCUUUGUCCGACUAAAUGAGGCUGUCUUCCUGGAAUCUGUCCUGGAGGUCCCAAUUCCUGUCAGAUUCAUCUUUGUGCUGCUCGGACCAAGCCAGGCCAACAUGGACUACCAUGAAAUUGGCCGCUCAAUCUCCACCCUCAUGUCUGACAAGCACUUCCAUGAGGCUGCGUACAUGGCAGAUGACCGUCAAGACCUCCUCAACGCAAUCAAUGAGUUCUUGGACUGCAGCAUUGUCAUCCCCCCAUCAGAGGUGGAGGGGAAAGACUUGCUCAAAUCCAUUGCCACCUUCCAGAAGUUGCUGCUGAGGAAGAGGAAGGAGAGGGAGCAGAAGUCCAUGAAGGAGGGGGCUGUCCAGGAAGCCAAAGAGCUGUGUGAAGUGAAAGCUGAGGAAGAAGAAGAGGAAGCUGAGGACGAUCCUUUGAAGAGGACCGGGAUAUUUUUUGGAGGUCUGGUUCGGGACAUAAAGCGCAGGUACCCCAAAUACCUCAGUGACAUCAGAGACGCCUUGCACAGCCAGUGUCUCGCGGCCGUUCUCUUCAUCUACUUUGCUGCUCUUUCUCCUGCCAUCACCUUCGGGGGACUCCUAGGAGAGAAAACUGAGGGUCUCAUGGGAGUCUCCGAGCUGAUAAUCUCCACCUCAGUUUUAGGGAUCCUCUUCUCCCUGCUUGGAGCCCAGCCGCUCCUGGUCAUUGGCUUCUCAGGGCCUCUGCUGGUGUUUGAAGAAGCUUUCUACAAGUUUUGCCAGACACAAGGCAUUGAGUAUCUGACAGGCAGAGUGUGGAUUGGUUUGUGGCUCAUCGUCUUCAUCUUCAUUAUCGUGGCAGCCGAGGGAAGCUUCUUGGUGCGCUACAUCUCACCCUUCACCCAGGAGAUCUUUGCUUUCCUCAUCUCCCUCAUCUUUAUCUACGAGACCUUCUACAAACUGUACAAGGUGUUUGCAGAACAUCCUCUGCUGAAGUUCUACCCACCGAACGUGCAGAGCAGCCUGAAUACCAGCAUGCUCUCUGCAGAUGCGAUGUCACUUGGGAUCAGGAUGCAGCCCAACACUGCUCUCCUUUCCCUCAUCCUCAUGCUGGGCACCUUCUUCAUUGCCUUCUUUAUGCGCAAAUUCAAGAAUAGCCGUUUCUUAGGAGGAAAGGCUCGGCGGAUCAUCGGAGACUUCGGGAUCCCCAUCUCCAUCCUGGUCAUGGUGCUGGUGGAUUACACCAUCACUGACACGUACACGCAGAAGCUGAAUGUCCCCUCUGGCCUGUCGGUCACAUCUCCUCACAAGCGUGGCUGGUUCAUUCACCCCAUGGGCAGCAGUGGGACCUUUCCAAUGUGGAUGAUGUUUGCUUCUGCCAUCCCUGCCCUCCUGGUCUUCAUUCUUAUCUUCAUGGAGACACAGAUCACUACGCUGAUUGUGAGCAAGAAGGAGAGGAAGCUGCUGAAAGGCUCUGGCUUCCACCUGGACCUGCUGCUCAUUGGCACUAUGGGGGGGCUUUGCGCACUCUUUGGGCUGCCCUGGCUGACUGCAGCGACAGUGCGUUCCGUCACCCACGUCAAUGCCCUGACAGUCAUGAGCAAGGCCAUUGCACCAGGAGAGAAGCCCAAGAUCGAGGAGGUGAAGGAGCAGCGUGUGACUGGAGUGCUUAUCGCUGCCCUCGUCGGUCUGUCCAUUGUGAUGGGGAACAUGCUGCGGCAGAUCCCGCUGGCUGUGCUCUUCGGCAUCUUCCUCUACAUGGGGGUUACGUCACUCACUGGCAUCCAGCUCUACGAGCGGCUGCUCCUGAUCUUCAUGCCAUCCAAGCACCACCCCGACCACAUCUAUGUUGUUAAGGUGAAGACCUGGAGAAUGAAUCUCUUCACCUGUAUUCAACUGGCCUGCAUUGUGCUGCUCUGGGUGGUGAAAUCUACAGUGGCAUCCCUGGCCUUCCCCUUUGUCCUGAUCAUGACAGUGCCAUUGCGACGCUUUGUGCUGCCCCACUUCUUCCAUGAUAGGGAGCUUAAAGCGUUGGACUCAGAAGAUGCAGAGCCCAACUUCGACGAGGAUGGCCGGGACGAGUACAACGAGCUGCACAUGCCUGUGUGAGCUGGGAGCUGCCCUCCCCCGUCCUGGGACAGGCUGCUCGUGCCUGCUCAUCCUCCCAAGGACUAAAUGGAGACUUGCUGUGAGUCACGUGAUCUCUUGCCCAGACCAAGGAAUGGCUGUCCCAUAGCCUCACAGGAGGCAGCCCUGGCUCCUGCUGCCCUAUCGCUCACUCAGCAGAGGCUCUGAGUCUCUCUCCUCUUGGACCUGGUAGGCUGAGAGAUGCCUCUCACAUCCUGAAGCUGCAUGGGUCCUGAGUGCCUGUGGUUCAGGGGUCUGCCCCCUCCUGUGUCCAGUCUACACAUGGGGAAGGGGAGCCAUGCCAGCUGGUGCCACUGUGUCCCCCUCCACUACCAUGAACCUGGGGUGUCUCAGCAACACGUGCCACUGAGCAGUCACAGCGAUGGGCUGGAUGUUGGUUACAGACGGGCAGUGGGCUUCUCCCAGGCCAGCAGCUUCCUUGCUCGGCUGGCAGACGCCAUGUUACUGCUCCCUGGCGCAAGGAGGGACCAAUGCUCUGGUCCUGUCAUCCAGACCAUCAUCUGCACAAUCACCCUCCCACAGGACUGUUUUCUGCUGUUGCUUAGCAUGGGGGAGGCUGUUUGCUUCUUCGCAGUUUUCCCAACACUCUUCCCAAAGGAAAACCAUGCAGGGAGGAGAGGCUGCAUGCAAGCAGGUGUCCUGAAGCCUCAGGUGCCUGCCCCCUUGCAGAGACUAAGAGGAGUCCUGUGACAUUCUGCACCUCCACAAAGGUUGCAGUGGUAAAAUCUUAUCACAGGGCUGCAUCCCAGUUCCUGAUACCUGCAUUCUUGUUCCUGAGAACAAACCAUAUUUAAGAAGCUAUACAAGAGAUAUAGUGCUUGAGCGCAACAGUCCUUUGGGUGGUCCCCUCCCUCUCCCAGUGAUCCACUGGGUCUGGCCCCCUGCAGCCCCACAAGGAAGUCACUGAAACCCCCAGCCCCAGUUCUGCUGCCGUACCAGGGUGACUUUUCACGUCCAGAGAUGCCCUCUGACUGGGAAGGAGCAGCAUUCAGCAUUCUCAGCACUCAGCCCCCAUCAGCUCUGGGCAGCUCUGAACACCUUCCCUGGCAGGGCUGUCACCUGGGGUCUCCCCGAGCUGUCAGACCCUGUUCAGAGCUGCCCUGGAAACCACUGAGGGUGCACUUGCUGCCCACAGCAGCUCUGGGGGUGGUGCCAGAGGAGAUGAGCACCCCAGCCUCUCCCUGAUGGUUGGACCCACAGUGGCUUUGAGGAGGAGGCCGAGACGCUCACUCCACCAUUGGAUUUGGGACAAGCUGCUGUCCUGGUUCCCACUUAUCAGCCUGGCUCCUGCAAGAGACAGUGGGUGCUUCAUUACCGAAAGGGUCCAACACCUUCCCCAGGAGGCGGCAGAAAUAUCUUACCAGAGAGAGAAACCUCCCCCCGCGGCAGGUUCCUGCCCCACAGCCUGGCCCCCCUGCAGGGCCUGGGGUGGAGAGACGAAUGUCUCUGUGUGUCUGUGGCCAUGUGUGUCCUGUCCUCCCUGUGUAGUGUAGGAGGCCUGUUGUCGCUGUGCAUUGUGACUCCUCUGACCGUAGUGGAAACAGCUACACCAAUAAACUCUUCACAGGAACCA